CUGGGCAGAGUUGAUGGAAGUCAACCAUGAUGACAGAGUGGUCACCACUGAACACUUUGAUCUUUCCCAAGAAAUGGAGCGCCUCACCCUGGACUUAAUGAAGCCGAAAAGCAGGGAAGUUGAGAGGCGGCUCACAAGCCCAGUCAUCAACACCAGCCUUGAUACUAAAAAUAUUGCUUUUGAAAGAACUAAAUCCGGAUUCUGGGGCUGGAGGACAGAUAAAGCAGAAGUUGUUAAUGGUUACGAAGCAAAGGUUUACACAGUAAACAAUGUGAAUGUGAUAACCAAAAUACGCACAGAACAUCUGACGGAGGAGGAAAAAAAGAGAUACAAAGCAGACCGAAAUCCAUUGGAAUCUCUGCUGGGAACUGUGGAACAUCAGUUUGGUGCUCAAGGGGUAAGUUAGACAUGGGCAGUCAUUGGAUCUUAAUGGGAAGAUCCACCCUUUCUGGGAUGACCUUACUGAGUAGGCCAUUCUGUUUGACAAGGUUAACAAAACUCCCAAUUUGGCCUAAAGCUAUUCUUUUGGAAAUGUGUUAGAUGAAUGAACCCUUGAAGUCAAGAUUUUGGAGGACUGUAGAUCCUAGAAUCAGGUGCUCUCUCUCAGCUGUCUUAAACAAGGGGUUCUGUUCUAUAGACAGGCACUUAAAAGAGUCAGAACCUUGCAUUGUACCAGAGCAGCUUGACAAACAUUUUCCUACUUAAUCCCUAGAUAAUUGGGUGCAGUUGAUACAGCAGAUGCCAUUGAGGGUCCUUUCCAGUGUUGAAGCUAAGUCUUUCAAAUUGCACACUCUCACGUAUUUCUGUCUUUUAUAAUCAGGAGAUAAA